AUGCAAGAUCAGUCCAGAACGGUUCGAAAAACCGAAAACAGAACGGUUCGGGCAGAUCACGCACAGGCCUGGAGCCUCAAAAACGUGCUGAGCUGUAUUUCACUUUUUUGGGCGCGAAAGGAAGCGCGUCGGGUUGCCGAGCACCGUCCGGGCGACUCCUCGCGCAAGCUGCCUUACGUUUCGAGGAUCUCGGAGAACUCGUCCGUUCUGCGCCACUCGGCCAGGCGCGCGAUCGAUACCGCCCUGCGCGAUCCGGAACAUCGACUCCAAACCUCCGUCGCGUCAGAUCGGGGUGCACCGUCAGCCCGGAAAAAAAACUCUUCCGAGCACGUGCGCGCCGCCGUCGGCCACUGCCGCGCGCCUCGCGUCAUGCUCGCCGUCGCGACGAAUCCCGCGCCGAUCAAGACCGUCCGAUGGGCGUCCCGCUGCGAGGCCCUCUGCGUCGACACCGGCGCGAAAAUCACCGAGGAGCUCUGCGACUCCCCCUCCAGGAUCAGGACCGAAGCGACGCAGCAGCUCCGCGAAGCGAGGGCCUUGGCGCAUCAGCAGGCGGCCACGAGCCUGUGCGAACGCGCACUUCGAGCCGCCGAGCUCGCGGAGGAGCACGGUAAGCUGAAGGACGCCGAGAUGAUACUCGCCGCCAUCGUGACGCAGCUCCGCCGUCGACUGGCGGCUCCCGAGAUCGCGUCCUGGCUGGAUCGCCAGCGCCUUCGACUCGCUUCGAUUGACGCCGAGAUUCGCGACAAGACGGAGGAGCACAGGCGUUUGCAGCGGAGGCUGAUGUCGUCCGUCAGCGCGAACGGCGGUCAACGGAUGCUCGAGACGCCCGUGCUGAUCCGAACCAAGUCGCUCGAGGAGCUGCAGGCGGACGAGGACGAGCUGGGCGUUCCCGAGGCAGAGGGCGCAGAGGGCGAGGGCGCCCCGUCGAGGGCACCGGGCACCCCAGAGCCCGUCGGCCGCCAAUUGUUACCCCCGAGGCGGCGGGUGGAAAACGACGAGAACGCGGCUCCGGGCGAAGACGAGACCCACGCGGCGUGCGACGUCGUCGCGUCCGCGUCUCUGGAAAGGGAUCGCGACUCGAGCGACGCGGGCGGCGCUCACGGACGCGCAGAUCUGAGAGACGGCGAAGGCGCCGUCCCCGCCGCCGACGUCGCCCCCGAAGAGGCGCCAUCCGAGGUCGACCCCGGCGCGGACCGCGCGUCGUCGUCGUCGUCGCCGCUCGCGCCGAACGAGGUGGCGCUGAUGGCCCGCGCGUGUUUCGCUCAGAGCAGGGUGCACACGCUGAGGGGACGGAGGGAGGAGGCGGAGACGGCGCGCGAGGCGGGGGCGACGUACGCGAGGAUGUGCACACACGUUUUUGGCGACACCGACGAAGCGGAUUGCAUCAGAUCGGGGUCCCCGGUGGGGGGGCGCGAACGCGAGGGGGAGCGCGGCGGCGGCGGCGGGAAGAGACCGAGGGAGGAAGACGAGGAGGAGGAAGCGGACGCGACGACGACGGGAAAGUCCGCGAAGAAAGAGUCGCUCGGGAGGGUCGACGCCGCCCCCCGCGAGGGCGUCUUUGCGUGA